AUGGGUUACAAAGGAGUUCAUUUCAAGUUCAAUUUGAAUCCAACUGAACAGAAUGAUGUUUAUGGAGUUAUUAGGAAUAAUUUAGAAGAAUCUAAACCUCAAAUCAAGCCAUAUAAUGACACAACAGAGAAGUAUUAUGAUAAUAAAGUAGGAGCACAUUUUCCCUUUGAUGAUAUGUUUAAAAAGUUAUAACGGGUAUAAAGACAUAGAGUUUUGAUGGAGGGUGAAAGAAAUAUGGACUUUGGCAAAAGAUUACUAAAUUAGAUUAAGAUAAUUUAAGAAGAAGAAGAUGAUGCACUUUCAUCUAUAUCUUCUAUUAGGCGUCAAUCAAAUAUUAAAGUCAGAAAAUACAGACCUAAAUUGAACUAAACAACAGUCAAGAAAGAUCCUCCACCAAUUGUUUAAAAGACUGAAAGCAUAGCCCUUCCCUUAAACCAAUCACAUCUAAAGUAAUUUAAGAGUAGUAAAAAAUCAGGUGGAGGUAAUCAUUCUCAAUUGCGAAUGAGUGAUGGAUUUACAAAGUCAACAUUAUCAUCAAGCACUAAUAAUAAAGAGGAAAUUGAUAUUUGGCUAAAUAAGCAAUGCAAGACCUUUUUCAAAGUAAGAAAAAGAAUACAAGAUCUUACUCUUAAGGAUAAGAAUGAGAAAUAGACUCUGGAUUAUUUUCAGAGACAGGCUAAUAUCAGGAAGAGAGUAUAUUCCAAGGAUUUAAACUUCCAAGCUAAUAGGAAGUUGCUUGAUGAAAACUCUUUGAAUAAACAUUGA